AUACCGACUGUCACUCCGCGUCCUACAUUCCCGCUCAGCAACAUCUACCCCCCCUCCGCAGAAUGGCCGAGCAAAACCCCUUUGUUAUAGACGACGAAGACGACGUCAUUCAAAUCCAUGAUGAAGAAGAGGUCGAGGAGGAAGUCGCUGAGGUUAUCGAUAUUACAGAAGACGAUAUCGAACCCUCCGAACUUGACAGGGCCUUCGGAUCAAGACCCAAAGAGGAGACUCUACCUUCUUUGUUAUUGCGCGACCAGGGCUUCAUUGUACGACCAGGGAUGACCGUCGAAUUGAAGGCACCCAUCGGCAGAUUUGCGAUAAGCUUUGUCCGGGUUAAUUCGAUAGUAAAGGUUCGGCAAGCUCACGUGAACAACGUUACGAUAAGAGGCCACGGGUUCACUAGAGCCAAGGAGAUGAACGGAAUGUUGCCAAAGCAACUCAACGAAUGCUGUUUAGUAGCAUCAGUUGAUACUCGCGACCCUCGGCCCUGGAGGGAACAGGCCAUUCUCGACAUCAACCCCGAGAACGUACUGACGACCAGAGAACUCCGCGUAACGAACGCCCAAUUUCCCCGGUACCGAGACAAGUCUGCAGAUAUGGCAAUCAAGAGACAACAGGUGAAGGACAUGGGCAUUUUGGUAUGCCGCUACAGCUACGUCGAAUACCGCCACGUCGAUAAACCUCGCGAAUGGUCAUUUAUUAGAGUGGAAGAAAAUGAAGCAGAUGAGGGAUUUCGACUAUCCGACGACGUACUGGUGAAUGGCUGGCGUGGUGGUAAGGUUCCAGGAGGGUCGUUCCUGCCUGCGGGACAGGAACAUGGACAUGGACAUGUUCACAAUGUUGACGAUCUUACAUCCACGCUUCCAUCUUUGACAGCACGUGGCCCGAAACAAGUGCCUUCAGAUCAGAAGUAUACGGCCGGUGAUACAUUCGCCGGAGCCGGUGGUGCUUCACGAGGAAUUACGGAUGCUGGAGUCCAUCUAGAGUUUUGCGUCGACAAUUGGGAGCACGCGGUGGCGUCGUUAAAUGCCAAUUUCCAGGGUCAAGAUACCACCACUUACGACAUCGACAUGCAUAACUUCAUUGUCAAUAAAGAAAUUCGACAUCGCGUCGAUAUUCUACACUUGUCGCCUCCUUGUCAAGUAUGGUCUCCGGCCCAUACACGACCCGGCCAGAAUGAUGAGAGGAAUCUCGCAAUCCUCUUCUCCUGCACCCAUUUAAUCGAAAAGAUCCGGCCUCGCCUCUUCACUGUCGAACAAACGUUCGGCAUUUUACACCCUCGGCUCGAUAAUUUCUUUCAGAGCCUUGUCCAUGGAUUCACUGACCAUGGCUACUCUGUCCGAUGGAAGGUGGUGAACUUUUCUCAUUACGGCCUACCUCAGCCUCGGAGGAGGUUGAUAAUGAUUGGUGCUGGCCCAGGGGAGAAGCUGCCCCCAUUUCCCUCACCAACUCAUGGCAACGGUCUUAAGCCCGUAACCACAGCCCGGCAGGCUUUAGCAGCCAUUGAUGGGAGAAGGAGAUACCCUCUGCAUCAACCCUAUUUACAGCCUUUCCCGACGCGCAAAGCACAUUGGGAUGGCGACAAGCCACUUCCCUAUACGGUCACAUGUGGUGCUGCCGAAAAUUACCACUGGUCUGGCUUGCGUCAAUUCACACCCCAGGAGUAUGCCCUCUUACAAGGCUUUCCGAUGCAUCACAAAUUCGCCGGAAACUAUAUCAAGAAACAGAUCGGAAAUGCAUUCCCGCCGAUCUUCGUCAAGUUGUUAUAUAAACAUCUUGUCGAAUGCUUAGAUAAACGGGACAAUAUAAUCCGUCAGGCACAGGCACGCACCGAAGAGGCCGCACCCUUUCAGACCCCGAGGAAACUAGUUGGAAGUGUCGGGCGCAAUGAGGAGGACGACGGGGAGGUUACCUUUUUGAGCAGCCGGAAACGACGACGCCAGUUCGCUGCCGUCGAAGUAAUUGAUAACAAUAACCGCAUUUCCACCCACCGAAGCAAGAGGGCGCGGCGGUUGGUAGGAAACACACCCCCCUGUCAACAAGCGGCAGCAGCUCAAGCAAAGCAAAAGACGAUCAUCGAUCUAGAUGAGGACAUUUCCAACCUAGAUUUGGACCAAGAUCGAGACGAUGACAGAUCCGACACCGCAACCAUACGUGAGUCCUCAGUAGAGGUAGAAGCCUCGCCGCGAGUGUCACCAGUACGACGACAUCCGGCGGCACCACCUUCUUCACAUCUACCUCUAGGCCCCGCCGGCCUAACAAACCCAAUUCAAGGAGGCCCAAGUACAAGUACAAGUACAAGGACGGGUUCAAAGGCCAGUAGUUCCUCCCAACAACAAACUCAUCACAACAACAUGCAAGGAGAAACAGUCCGGAGAAAGCUGUUCUUCGCAGUCCCACCAUCCAGAACAGAACCCUUUAGCUCACCGAGCUCGACAAGCUCCACCUCGAGUUCCACUACAGCUUCUUCAUCAGCGGCAGGAUCGUCCAACGGCUCGAAUUCUUCGAGUCCCGUAGUCAAGAAGGAAAACCAAAAGGGGACGAGGAAGGAGCCAAUGGAGCUUUUCGACGACUAAAGACUAAAGUCUUGAUCCCCAAAGGUGCGAACCUGGAAGAGCUGUACCUUACCUCUCAACGAGGCUCUCGAUACGGGGUUUUGGAAGUGAUUAUGCCUGGCCAUGCACGACACACACGGUAUGGUUGAGUAGCCAGCCUCCCGAUAAUAUGCGGUUAACUCUAUAUAGAAGUACUUGGGAAUAAUGAGGUUGGAAGCCAGGGCAAGUGUGAGGGAUCACGUUGGGGAGAUAUUGCUUGAAGGUUUCACUACCAUGUUUGUUAACUAUAGAGCAUCAUGGAUUCGUCGGAGUUUGCUACUGUUGCUGCUGGGUUAUCCUCCGAGCCAGUAUAAAACUGGUGCCUCUGAUCUUGAAGGAGUUGGGCGGUACAAGUCUAGACCUGGUAGUCGAGAGCAGCUGAGGAUUCAAGAUCUGUGUCCCUACCAGGCAGUUUGAAAGCACUCGGAAGGGCCUUAGGUGUACUGAACCUGCUCUGUUUGCCUUUGCGACCACGAGGCACCGCUCAACAUGGUGCUGGAGUAGACAUUAACGGACAAUACGCGCUGGGCUGGGAGUUGGUU